GCUUGCAUGGGAUUCUUUGCAGUAGUGCAACAAGUUCGCAGAGGGCUAGUACAAGCCGUGAAACCAGUCGCCGCUGACACUAUCUUUCAGUGCAUGAGCGCGCACCGCCCCGAGACAAAUUGAAAUAAUACAUAGACUCGGUCAUUCUCUUCCCGGCAGUACUGGUGAUUGCACAUAGUAGUAUACGAUUGAGAGUGAGUCAUGAGGGUUUUAGGAGCAAAUAAGGAUUCCCGAAACGCGGUGAAAAUGGAGAACGAAACCGAUCAUGGCAAGCGACGGCACUGUCUUGGAGCUUCAGUGGAUGUGAUGCCUUUUGUGUUUUCUCUUGUGUCCUUCGCCUUUUGUUUUUUACUGAGCGUUCAGACCAGUGAUAUGAAGGACAGAAUCGUGGAUCUGGAGAUUGGAAGUGGCGCGGGGGUCUUAAACCCGUUUCAUGGGAUCUCUAUGGAUCAAUUUAAUGCAAUGAUCCAGGAGCGAGUGGACGAGCUGCUGUCACAGCGUUCUUAUGAACACUUGGUUAGAAUAAGGACUGCCCGUCAAGUCUCACCACCUGAAUGCAACUGUCCACCAGAGCUGAAGACCACCACAGCAGAGGAAAUGGGACCAAAGAUCCCCACGGUGGAGCAGAUGACCACCACAGCUGAGCAGAUGGGACUGAAGACCCGCAAAGUGGAGCAGAAGACCACCACAACAUUGCAGACCACCACAGCGGAGCAGGCAGGGCUGAAGACCACCAAGGUGUAG